GCUUUCUUUACAAAAACUCUAAAAAAAAUAGUAUUAGCUAAUUACUGAUACACCCCUCUAAUUCCUCUCAAUCCAGCCAACACACACGAUGAAGAGAGGGGCAAUCAUGGUAUUGGGUUUUCUGUUCUUGUUGUUCAAUGUAUCACCGUCGUCAGCCUCCGAUGAUCGCCGUCAAAAAUGGUGGAAAUGGCCGUCGUCUGCCGGAAAUUCAAUCUGCUCGUCCGUCGUACUUCCACUAUACGGCAAUGUUUAUCCUCAAGGGUUUUAUUAUGCUCAGAUAAACAUAGGACAUCCUCCGAGGCCGUAUUUUGUGGAUCCAGAUACGGGUAGUGAUCUGACGUGGCUCCAGUGUGACGCGCCAUGUGUACAUUGCACUCAGGCCCCGCAUCCUUAUUACAGACCGAACAAUGACCUGGUUCCAUGUAAAGAUCCCCUCUGUGCAUCAUUGCACGCUGGAGACCACAGAUGUGAUGACCCGGGUCAAUGUGAUUAUGAGGUCGAGUAUGCCGAUGGUGGUUCAUCUCUCGGUGUCCUUAUCAAUGAUGUCUCGCUUGUCAAUCUUACUACCGGAGUUCGAAUCACUCCUCGUCUCACCAUAGGGUGUGGAUAUGAUCAGAUCCCUGGUCCAUCUUACCAACCUCUGGAUGGGGUACUUGGGCUCGGCAAGGGUAAAACCGGAAUUGUUUCACAACUUCACAGUCAAGGUCUAAUCCGGAACGUUGUUGGUCAUUGUUUUAGCAGUCGUGGAGGCGGGUUUCUCUUCUUUGGAGACGAUAUAUAUGAUCCUUCACGUGUUGUAUCAACUCCUAUGUCACGAGAUUAUAGAAAACACUACUCACCUGGGUAUGGAGAAGUCAUUUAUGGUGGAAAACCAACUGGGCUUAAGAAUCUACUUGUAAUAUUUGACAGUGGAAGUUCAUUUACAUACCUAAGUUCUCAGGCUUAUGAAGGCUUACUUUAUUUGGUAACGAAAGAAUUGAGUGGGAAACCUGUGAAAGAGGCAGUAGAUGACAAAACGCUACCGUUUUGCUGGAAAGGAAGAAGACCAUUUAGAGGCAUAAGGGAUGUAAGCAAGUACUUCAAGCCUUUGGCAUUGAGGUUUUCUAGCGGCUGGAGAUCUAAAACUCAGUUUGAAAUCCCACUUGAAGGAUAUCUUCUAAUCUCGUCGAGAGGGAAUGUAUGCUUGGGAAUUCUCAACGGAACUGAGGUCGGACUUCAGAAUUUCAACAUAAUCGGAGAUAUAUCGAUGCAAGAUAAAAUGGUGAUAUACGACAACGAAAAACAGACCAUCGGAUGGACACCGGCAAACUGUGACCGACCACCGAGGCCCGACGCAAUGAGCAUUUGAUUAAUAACUCGAUCAUCCCACAAUUAACAUUUAAAGAUGUAAACUUUCAAUACAAACUUCAGCCUAAUUGUACUUUAAAGUUAAAAUUAAACCGAGAGUAGAACACGCCCAUUUUGGUUGACGAGAAGCAGCUCAAUGACAUGAAGAUGCAGUAGGACAAGUAAUGUUUAUGCUGUUUGAGACCAAGAAACCAAAAAUCAUAAAUUGUAAGAACCGAGAGAUGAAAAUAACAAACAACAUAUGUUUAAACCA